AUGCCUUGCAGUCCCGGCCUGGGACGAGACUCACGGGAAGCACCGAUCGCCGGGGGAGCCGGGGAGGAAAUGAGGAAAAGACGAAACGCCCGACCGCGCCGCACGACAAACCCGCCCGCCCCGCACCCCUCCCGAGCAGAGACGUACGGAAACGGGCGGGCCAGCGCGCUACGCGGACCGGAACGCUCGCCCCUCCCCACUCCAACCCCGACCAACGUCCGGGGUCAGACGGAGAGAGUCAAAGACCCCCCCGCCUGGCCCAGGGCGAGACCCACGGGAAGCACCGGGCGCCGGGGGAACCGGGGAGGAAAUGAGGAAAAGACGAAACGCCCGCCCGCGCAGCACGACAGACCCGCCCGGCCCGCACCCCCCCCGAGCAGAGGCGUACGGAAACGGACGGGCCAGCGCACAACGCGGACCGGAACGCUCGCCCCUCCCCACUCCAACCCCGACCGACGUCCGGGUCUCGUGAGACUCAGGGUCAGGCGGAGAGAGUCAAAGACACCCCCGCCUGGCCCAGGGCGAGACCCACGGGGAGCACCGGGCGCCGGGGGAACCGGGGAGGAAAUGAGGAAAAGACGAAACGCCCGCACGCGCAGCACGACAAACCCGCCCGGCCCGCACACUCCCCGAGCUGAGGUGUACGGAAACGGACGGGCCAGCGCGCCACGCGGACCGGAACGCUCGCCCCUCCCCACUCCAACCCCGACCGACGUCCGGGUCUCGGCGAGACCCACGGGAGGCACCGGGCGCCGGGGGAACCGGGGAGGAAAUGAGGAAAAGACGAAACGCCCGCACGCGCAGCACGACAGACCCGCCCGGCCCGCACCCCCCCCGAGCAGAGGCGUACGGAAACGGACGGGCCAGCGCGCCACGCGGACCGGAACGCUCGCCCCUCCCCACUCCUACCCCGACCGACUUCUAAGUCAGCUGCUAGGCGCCAGCCGAGGCCACCCGCCCGGGGCCCGCGCGAACGGGUCCCGGACGGGCGCCGCAGCUGGGGAGAUCCGCGAGAAGGGCCCGGCGCGCGUCCAGAGUCGCCGCCGCCGACCGCCGACCGCAUCCCCUCCGCCGGCCCGCCUUCCACGCGGCGUCGGGCACCGCCCCGCGAGCGACCCGCGCCCGCCGACGCAACGAGUGCGCCGGGGACGCGGGCGAACCCACGGGACGGGCCGAGCGCCGCGCUUCCGACGGCGGAGAGGGGAGGGCGACGGGGCGGCUGCUCCCCCAGCCGCGGCGCGAGCCCAGCCCCGCUUCGCACCCCAGCCCGACCGACCCAGCCCUUAG